UGGUGGCUGCUGGGUGGUGGGUGAGGGACCAGCUUUCUCUGCUAGUUCCCACCCUUGCAGUCCUGGAGCUCCUGGAAUGCGAGAAGGAGAAGCUCAGGGAGUUCCAGAAGUGUGGCGUGGAGCCACCGUCCGAAAAGGCCUGCGAACGGAAGAGACUCCUAGGCGGAGGAACCGCUGGAAGCUACCGGGGAGCGGCUGGCGGGGUCCCAUCCUGCCCUGUGUUGGGGUGCCAUGGAGUUCCCAGAACACAGUCAACAGCUGCUCCAGAGCCUCCGUGAGCAGCAAUCCCAGGGUUUCCUUUGCGACUGCACCGUGAUGGUGGGCAGCACCCAGUUCCUAGCCCAUCGAGCAGUGCUGGCUUCCUGCAGCCCGUUCUUCCAGCUUUUCUACAAGGAGCGGGAAUUGGACAAGAGGGAUCUGGUGUGUAUUCACAAUGAGAUCGUCACAGCCCCUGCUUUUGGGUUGCUCCUGGAUUUCAUGUAUGCAGGCCAGCUGGCACUCAGAGGGGAUACCCCCCUGGAGGAUGUGCUGGCAGCCGCCAGCUACCUGCACAUGAAUGACAUCGUCAAGGUGUGUAAACAGCGGCUGCAGGCCCGGGCCCUGACGGAGGCAGACAGUACCAAGAAGGAAGAGGAGCCCAACUCCCAGCCCCCUAGUCUGGAGUUUUUGUCCAGCACCGCCCGCGGCCCGCAGCCGGCAUUGGCAUCUGCCGAGACAUCAGGUCACUGGGGCAAAGAGGAAUGGAAGGACCCUGCUGUGCCCUCACCCAAUGUCCGUCCUCCAGAUGAGCCGCCCCUGCCUGGUGGGGCUGACACCACACAGCCUGGCAUGGAGGUCGACUCAUCGCAUCUGCGGGCACCUCCGCCACCAGUGGCUGACCUCUCCCUGGCCAGCCCCAGUAGCUCCACCGAGACAAUUCCUGCCAGCUACUUUCCUGCGCUCCCAGCAGUCUCUGUGGAGCCCCUUACAUCUCUUGAUGUAGGCCCUGAGAGCCUGAGGGUGGUGGAAACGAGGGAUCCUGGAGGACCUUUGCCAGGUUUCUAUCCGCCAGCCCCGGCUCCGGCUCCAGCUCAGGCUCCAGCUCCGGCCCCGGCCCCAGGCCCAGUCUCAGCUCCAAUCCCAGUCCAGGCUCCAGCUCCAGCUGAGGCUGAGCUGGUUCAGGUCAAAGUGGAGGCCAUUGUGAUCUCUGAUGAGGAGACUGAUGUGUCAGAAGGACAGCCCCAGGAUCCUUCGGAAGGACUCUUCCCCUCUGGAGGAGCCCUCUAUGGUGCACAGCCCUCCCAGCCAGAGGCCUUUGAGGAGCCAGGGGCAGCAGGACUGGCAGAGGUGGGGCCCAGCGACCACUUCCUUCCUCCCGAGCCUCAUCUACCCUACCAUUUGCUGCCGGGCCCAGGGCAGUAUCCUCGCGGCCUAGUGACCUCGCCCCUACCAGCACCUCCAACCCUGCAUGAGCCACUUUACCCGCCUUCUGAGUACGAAGCAACUCCUGGGAGCUUUGGCGUUUUUACUGAAGACGUUCCCACCUGCAAGACGUGUGGGAAGACCUUCUCGUGCUCCUACACGCUGCGGCGACACGCCACCGUGCACACACGGGAGCGACCCUAUGAGUGCCGCUACUGCCUGCGCAGCUACACGCAGUCAGGGGACCUCUACCGCCACAUCCGCAAGGCGCACAACGAGGACCUGGCCAAACGCAGUAAGCCGGACCCGGAGGCUGGCUGCAUCCUCGGGGUGCAGCCCCUCCCGGGCUCCCCCACAGCAGACAGACAGAGCAGCGGUGCUGGAGGGCCACCUAAAGAUUUUGUGCUUGGCCCCAAAAACUGACAUGUGGUGAUGAGGUGAUGGAAGCCCCCACUCGCACCCUCAUGUGGCCUCACUCCUGCUGAGUGAUGGAAUGAUGGUUGUGCCCAGCUUGAAGUUUAUUAUCCUUUUCUUUGCCCAGACAAGCAGGAUGGUACAGGGCAGAGUGAAAGGCUCAGCCCUUUGCAAGUGCGUGUGGGGCAUUUUCCGAGGGCUGAUUCCUUCUCAACUCUGUUUGGAAACAUAAAGCUAGCAGCGAAAAAGUAUGUCUUUGAAUUGGUGUGUUGGCUGGUCUCUUUCACAAAUCUGCAUGCCUCUUACUUCUAACUCUUUUAGAAAUGUGACAUCUGUACCUGGCGUAGUGAGUGGGGAUCUGCCUGCUUAGCAGGAAAGAAGGGAGUUAGAGGGCAAGGGAAACUCAGGGAAAGAUGCCAACUAGGGAAUCUUACACAAUUAUGGCUUAGUGUUGCAAUUGUGUUCUGUCUUAAGCACUUCAGAUUAAUAUUUAAUCCUCAGCAACUUUGUGGGGUCUUGGGGUAUUAACAUUCACCCCCACCCCUCUGUCCUCAACAAACUUGAGACUCAAAACUCCAGAGUUAACUUGGUUACAAUUGCAGAAUGAAUUUAAGGGGUAAAUCAGGAUUUGAACCUGGCUGUGAUCACACACUGCAUGCUGGUGUAAAAUAUGAGGACAGUUAACUGGAGUUUUUGCCCUUCUCUGGCUUUGCUCCCUCGUUCCCUCUGCCUUCCACACGGGAAGGCCGUUGGUUGCUUCAGGCAACAGGUACUGUAUGGAUGACUUAAUAUUUUGGCCUUCAUGUCAUAAAUGAGAACUGAGGUCUUUGGAACUGGAAGGCAACUGGGAAGGCAUGAACCAUUUCAGCCACUCGGUGGUAGACUGUUGGAGUAAGCUGAGGGCCUGCGGUGGCAUGGAAAUGGACACUUGUGAAAGCUAAGGCAGGAAACUCCAGCCGAGAGGGUCUCCUGGUUCAACCCCUCAAUCCAGCAGAUGACAAAAGUCCGGAGAGGUUCUUAUGUGUACGGAGUCACACAGAUGCUUGUUGACAAGCAGGCACAGCGCUUAAACGUGGCCUUGGAGUGCUGUGGGGUGAGAAACGAGAGCUCUGGAAGUUCACAAAGAUCUUCCAGCCUGAGGGAAGGAGGACAAGCUGGCUCCCUGCGUUCCAAGAAAGGUUAGAAUACGAGGGCAAGUUCGUUUCCUGAAUGUCUUUUGAGUCUUAAUUCUUACUAUGAGGCACUAUGUCUGAGAUACGGGAGGGAGGCAGAACUGGCCAAGGAGAACUCCUUAACUGGCACCAUAGGGAGCAAAGACGGAUGAUGCCCGACAGUGUGCUGCUCCAAGGGUGCCCUGUAUGCUUACCCAGGCCUUGUGUUGGAAUAACUUAGUUUAUCUUUCAAAUAGCUUCUACAUUUUAUUUAUGCGAAUGUAUAGCUGCCUUAAUUCCUUCAUGAAACAAGGCAAGAUACAAAAAAGCAAAUCUGUUCUGAGUAGUGACCAGCAGGUCCAGCUGCCUUUGAGAAGCACAGCACUGGGCCUGGUGGUUAGGAUGGCUCCAACAACUCCAUGCAGUGUCCUGCUGGGAGGCUGGCAAAGAUGGCCCCAAGGGAUGGGGCUCCUGCCACUCACAUGGAAGAUGGACUGGAGUCUCUGGCUUCCAGAUCUGGUGGCCACUGGGAUCUGAUGAGUGGACUUGUUUGGGGCAGCUCUCUACUUCUCAAACCAUCUUAG